CACAGUUCGGAAAUCAAAUACAUGCGCUGAUGAGGGAAGGAGUCCCCUCCCCCUGGUGUCUUACGCAACGUCAUCCGAGGCCGAGAGCAGAGUCGAAGAAGCAAGCAGACUGGUGAUCGCCAACCUCUGACCGGAUCAGCCUUCACGAGUGCGUUCCGACAUCACAACCCGCGCCGCAUAGCGGUUCGGGACACCGGAUGACGUUCCCUUCGUCCAGUCCAGGCAUGGGUCUGCAAUCCAAACCCCCACCGUCGAGGAGACGAUACAUCAAAACUCGCCGUUGUGAUUCGCCUGAUUGUCAAUCUGGGCCGUGGCCUUUUUCGUCCGAUCAUUCCAGAUCAUGGAUAAUAACCUUAGCAGAGGCAAGCUCGCGGGAAGAGAGCAUAGCCACCAACGCCCAUGUCUCAACAUGCGGUGAUCCGCGUUUCCGGGUUUCGGCCUGGCCUGUCAAUCUUGCGCUUGGCUUUAGGGAGUGGGGAGCCGUAUCGGACCAGCUGGAAGCCGCCCGCGUGGCGGGAUUGAUCGGCGACUAUUGCGUUGCGCGGGCCAACAUUCAAAACGCAGAGGUUACAAGCUUUGGGCCGGUUUUGCCGUCUCCAGUAUAUAAAAUCUACGGUUCCCCGGAUUUCGGCACCCGUCGUACAUGGGGGCGGAGUUUGGCCCCGGUGAAAUAGCAACAACCUGACACAGACGGUCGGUGCUCGGACCAGUGCUUUUGGCUUCUGCCCCUUCAGACGAGGGUAGUGGUUGGCACUAAACGGCUGAAUAUAUCCGAUGGCAUUUGAACCAUUUAGCAGGUCCCUCAACUACCUAGGCGUAUGAAGGACACGGGGCCAUUCCAGACGAGCCUGACAGACGCUCGUACCAAUAUUCUAUUCUCUGUGAGUCACCGCAGCUAAUAAGUAGGAUGACUGUUCAGAGGCGAUGCC